GCCUGCGUUGAGUGGUAGUGGAAAUUAGUGAAGGUGAAAAAUUGAUGAGCUGCAAUCGAGUACCUGCAGUGCGUGUUGUGUUGCGGAUGUGUUUUGGCUUUUUGAUUUUAAACUCAGAAGAGCACGAAGAUAUGAUGUCGUAUGAAGAAAGUUGUGAGGAUAUUGAUAGGUGAUAACACAAUAGCGUGGUGAAAAUCGAUUGUGAAGUGAUCAAUUUUUUGGGAAAUAGAUGAGGAAGUAAUUGUCGUCAUAAUUGUCGCUCUAGUUUAGCAGUAUAAUGGCAGAUUUCGACGCUAUUUAUGAAGAGGAAGAAGAACAUGAGCAGAUCUUUGAAGAACAUUACGUUACUCUCGUGCCGGAUCCCAUCGUUAUUCGAGGGGCUGGUAACAUGACUGUGUUUGGAUUAAGCAAUAGAUUCGAAGCAGAAUUUCCAAACGGACUCGUAUCUCGCGUUGCUCCGGAGGAAUUUAAGGCAACUGUAAUGAGAGUAAACAGUGUACUAAAGAAAACAUUACCGGUUAAUGUCAAGUGGCUAUUUUGCGGCUGCGUUUGUUGCUGUUGUACUUUGGGGUGUUCGUUAUGGCCUGUUGUUUGCCUUAGUAAAAGGACUCAGCAUUCUCUGAAUAAAUUAUUGGAAUGGGAGAAUAGCAGACUAUAUCAUAAAUUGGGAUUGCAUUGGCGACUGACCAAACAAAGAUGCGAUAGUUCGUCGAUGAUGGAAUAUGUUCUCUUGGUUGAAUUUGUACCCAAGAUACAGAUAUACAGGCCUGACUAAAAAAGUGUGAUCAGACGAUUAAUCUCUCAACAAGAAUGAAAAAAAAAUGAGUGGGUCAUACUAUUAUAUGUAGAAAGGUUAGUCAUGCAGAAUUAAGUUUUUGGAAAAAUCUAGUAGGAUUUAAAUCUACCUGGCUGAGCGUUAUGUGAUACAAUUAUCACAUGCAAGAUGCAUAUUUUUGUAAAUACAAAGAUAGAUGUAAACACAGUACAAGAGCGUAUAGAAAUUGUAAUUAGCUAGUGAUUUAUAAUUCGUUAAGUAGGUGAACAUCCAAGAUAAAUAAGUGAAAAUCAUUACUAUAGGUAGUGUCGUGCAAGUUGAACUGAAUCCAGAUCGGAUAUCUCAAAAUGUAUGGUGAUGAGUCUUAUCAAAUGUUGAAGUUUAUACUAUCUUAUUCACCACAAUUAGGAGAUAUUCGUCAGACCGUAGAUAUAUUGAACUAUAUAUCUAUGGUCAGAUCUAACGAAAAAACCAAAAAAAAAAGUAGAGAAGUAUUAGGGAUCGAAGCAUUUGAUCAGUGAUGAAUUUCAUUCGGUACAACGAACACGCCAUAAGGGUGAAUAACAUUUUCAAGGUGUCUGAUGGAGUUUUUGAAAAUUAUAUAUUGUUUUUAUUCAAAGAUGUUGUCUCGUAGGCUGAUUUAUUCACGGUUCAAAGUAACGUGGGUAAUUAGAUGAUCGUUUUCACUGUUUGAAAUUUUUAUUUCAUGAUUUAUAACAUGAAACAUUAGAAUAGUUUCCUUAUGAAAAUUUUACAAAUUACACAUGCACGUGUAGGCAUUUAUAACAAUAUCUGAAUAAUCGGGUAAGUAGUCUUUGUUCCCCCAGCCCGAGUCGAGGCUCUGCGUAAGAGUAACAAUAAUCAUAACAUUAAUCAUAAUCGUAAUACUAAUAACAACAACAACAACAAAAACAACAAUAAUAAUAAUUUAAUAUCGAAUUUAAAUUUCGUGAGUAAUUCGAAGCUUUACCUUUGUUGCCUUUGCAUAUGAAAUUAAUUAUUACAUUAGGUAGAACAUGCGUUAAUUAUGUGUGUAAUAACAAUUUUUGGAGCAUCAUCACACAAUCAUAAACUUUUAUAACCAACCGCGGACUUUCAUUGCCUACUACCGGCUAGUCAAUCAGUUAUUUAAUCAGCUAUACAUCUAUUCCACUAAUUAAUCAACGUGUCAUUUCGAUCAUCGCAUAUCAGCGUCGAUAUUUGCGAUUGAAUAUUUUGGCAAAAAUAAUAUGAAAGUCAUUCGUUGCACCAUGUCCAUUUAGAUUUUUAACUCGCCACAGAAUUGUUGCCGGAAAGUUUUUGUGUAUAAAAACAUUCAUUGGCCAGUACAUAAGAAUCAAAAUAUUUAAUAAAUUUCCAUAACAUUUAUUAUAUAGACAUGAAGCUUUUUAUGUUCAACGUGGAAAUGAUAACUUGAACUAAGAAUGGAAUAAAAUAUGGGCCUUUCAGGUUCAUCCUUUGCGUAAUACCUGUAAAUAAUUAUUCACAUAUUUUUGAUAGCUGUCAUGUAAAAAAGUAAUAAGAACAAAUAUCAGAUAAAUGAAAAACCAGUUACCCACCUUUAAGCUGGAAAUUACCACUUGCCAUUAAAAUAAAUUUCUUUACAGCACCAGCGUACAUGUAAAUACCUAGAAAGCCUAUUUAUUUCUGUCUGUUGGAUGUAUUUGACGGGUUGUGGUAGGUAAACGUCAAAGAAUAAAAAAAAUUAAACAACACGAAUUAAUUGGAUAGCCGUGUACUGAAAAUAUUAAUGUGAAUCGAACCGAAUUAUUAAUAGUCAAAAACUAGCGCACGUUUUUUACCUAUACUGUAAAUUUUUGUUCUGUAAAUAGUAUAAAAGUGCUGCGAUAUAAAUAAGUGUAGGGAAAGACAGAAUAUUAGUCAUAAUAUCUAUCUUCAGUAAUCAUAAUAUUUGGAAGGCUGUCGCAGAAUAUUGAUUGGCUGCAACUGAAAAAGAAAAUUAUGACGAAUAUAUUAAACUGUUAGCAUAUCACCGAUCCGCUUACAAGCACAUGUCAGGCCUUUUAUCCUGGCAGAAAAUUUUAAAGAAGAAUAAAAAAUCUUCAACGACAA